AUGUGGAGGUGCGCUAUAGUCCACACCUGCUGGCCAACUGCAAAGUGGAGCCGAUUCCCUGGAACCAGGCUGAAAUGGUCCCUUGAGGUGGUGGAGCUGUGUAAGAAGUACCGGCAUCAGACUGUGGUGGCCAUCGACCUGGCUGGUGAUGAGACCAUCAAAGACAGCAGCUACUUCCCAGGGCACGUGGAGGCCUACAAGGAGGCGCUGAAGAGCGGCAUUCACCGCACUGUCCAUGCUGGGGAGGCAAACAUUGCACAGGUCGUGCAAGAGGCUGUGGACGUACUGAAGACGGAGAGGGUGGGACACGGCUACCACACCCUGCAGGAUGCGGCCCUUUACGACAGGUUGCGGAAGGAAAACAUGCACUUUGAGGUGUGUCCCUGGUCCAGCUACCUCACAGGUGCCUGGAAAGCAGAAACAGGGGAGCACCCAGUCGUUCGGUUCAAGAACGACAAGGUUAACUAUUCGAUCAACUCAGAUGACCCGCUUAUCUUCAAGUCUACCCUGGACACUGACUACCAGAUGGUCAAACAGGACAUGGGCUUCACUGAGGAGGAAUUUAAACGACUGAACAUCAAUGCUGCCAAGUCCAGCUUCCUCCCAGAAAAUGAGAAGGAAGAGCUCCUUAACCAGCUCUACAAAGCCUACAAGAUGCCGCUGCCAUCAUCCACUGCUGCAGGGCAGAACCCCUGAAGAUGGCAUGGCCACCUCUGAGCCUUCACCCCACAAGUGGAGCCUGCACAACUCUGUGGAAUCAAGUGACACUUUACCUACAUUCCUUCCUCAAGACUAAGAUGUCAGUAGUCACUACUUGAUGUGUAUCAGGUGCACAAACUUGGGAAUGGCCCCAUCUCACCUCUGAUUGUAUACCCUGCCCAGGAACCACAGUGUUCCCUAAAGGUGACCAGGAAUGUGAAACCCUCCUCAGAUGACUCGUGCUGAGAAUCUGGUGUUCAAUAAAGCAGCCAACAACUGGCACUGUA